AUGAGAAAAAAGAAAAGUGGAGAAGAAAGAAACAAUGAGUAUAAGAAAGGUUUGUGGACAGUUGAAGAAGACAAGAUCCUCAUGGAUUAUGUCAAAGCUCAUGGCAAAGGCCAUUGGAACCGCAUUUCCAAAAAAACCGGUUUGAAGAGAUGUGGAAAAAGUUGUAGAUUAAGAUGGAUGAAUUAUCUUAGCCCAAACGUGAAGAGAGGCCAUUUCACCGACCAAGAAGAAGAUCUUAUCAUUAGACUCCACAAAUUGCUUGGUAACAGGUGGUCUUUGAUAGCUAAAAGAGUUCCAGGUCGAACGGACAAUCAAGUGAAGAACUAUUGGAAUACACAUCUAAGUAAAAAAAUUGAAAUCAAAGAUCAAACAUUCAAACCCAUCAAUAAUCAGAUGGUCAAUUUGGCAGAUGCAUCCGAAAUUUUUUUAUCGAAUGUGAAAUUUGAUAAUAAAAAUGUUCUUGGAGAUGAUAUAUUGCUUAUGAGCGAAGGGCUUGAUCUUCUUCAUCAAGGCAAUAACUAUACGAGUUCAUCACUUUGGGGUCAUCAUGAGGAUGCUUUUGAGCUCAGCACACUCACCUACAUGAUGGAUUUCAUUGAUGGACGUUGUUAUUAA